AAUAUUUGGCUAAGAGAAAAUAUGAAAUAGUAACUUGCUCAGAUGAGCAUCAUGUUGUCAGUGUUUAGGCUUCUUCCUCUCCUGUUUACUCCCUGUCUGACUCACUGGACACCAUGUGCCUUGAAAUUGCUAUGAUCCAUCAUCCCUCUGUGUGUGUCAUAAUAGCUGUCUGCAAUCCAGGGCACCCAGGUGAAAUCACAGCACAGUGAGCAGCCAGAGCAGCACUGGGAAGAGCUGCCACCUCCACCUGGAAUCAGAGGCAGGGGAACAGAAAUUCCCCCCAUCCCUCUGUGUGAGGAACUGAGCUGCAGAGCUUCAGCUCUCACUGAAGAGAGAGUUCUUGCCCUUGCUACAGAAGAAGCUUGUGCAGGGCUUUGAGGUCCCACUGGUGUUUCAGCCACUCAUCCCAGUUUGGUGACAUCAGCAGCAGUACAUGGUAAUUCUAUCACCUUCUGGCCAUCCCAAUGAUGAAAUCAGAAGCUAAGGAUGGAGAAGAGGAAAGCCUGCAGACGGCAUUCAAAAAGCUAAGAGUUGACACAGCUGGAUGUACCACUUCUCUCUCUGUGGAUGAUGGGACAAGUCCCAGAGCAGUAGUUAGAACAGUGGCAGAUGAAACCAAGCCUAAGAAUGUCUGUGCUUCUAAGGAAACCUGGCAUGGGUCUGUAAAGAAGCCCUCGAGAGGAGUUGUGAGAACCCAGCGUCACAGGCGUUCCAAGUCUCCAAUUCUUCACCCUCCCAAGUUUAUCCACUGCAGCACAAAAUCACAUUCCAGAUGCAGCCAGCUGGUGCAGAAGAGCCAUGCUGAUGCCCAGGAGGACAGCAGUGGGUUUGGGAUGCCAGUUCCAAAGGAAGCUUGUGCACACGAACGCUGCAGCGUCGCUCCGGACGUUGGCCAGAAGGGAGCUGAGGAGGCUUUGGGAGUUUCUGUUGCACGGUUGACAUCAGAGAACACACAGGGGAACUCUCCAGCUGCAGAUUCUCCAGUAUCCAAAACAAGCCUAAAGACUACAGAGCUUUCUGACUUCCAGUCUAUGUCCAAGCUGAACACGGGUGAGCCAUGUGCAUGUGCAGAUAAAGCCUGUCAGUGCAAACUGUGGCAAGAUAUGGAAGUGUACAAAUUCUCUGGCUUGCAGAGCACCCUCCCACUGGCACCUGACAGAACAGUUUGUGAGGAGCACUCCCAGCCUUUGCUAUCAAGAACUCCCUCAAGUUCUCCACGCUCGUGCUCUGAGCAAGCCAGGGCCUUUGUGGAUGAUGUGACAAUUGAAGAUCUUUCAGGAUACAUGGAGUAUUACUUGUAUAUUCCAAAGAAAAUGUCUCACAUGGCAGAAAUGAUGUACACCUGACAGCAACAUGCACUAAAACCAGAAGGGUGGCUGGUUUAAAUCUGCCCUCAGGCACGUCAUGUGAAUAUGCAACCCACUCCCUGCUCACUGUGCUUGCAAUAAAAACACUUCUUUGCAUCUCA